CUAAGUGCGGCAAGCACCGAUUGGGUGGCUCGGCACGGGAGGGCAGGACAGUGACCCAAGGACCUCACGUGUCCCUACAGGGCAAAAAGGAGACCCAGUCCGGAGUCCGUGGGAAUCCAGAGGAGAAAAGUCACAGGUGGAAAGCGACCGGAUUCGAACCUGGGACAUUCAGGCAAUGGCAGCAGCCAGGGCUAGCCUGGGUAGGAUCCUCCCAGAGUCCUCCAUCUUGUUCCUGUGUGACAUGCAGGAGAAACUUCGAGACAGAAUCCUCUACUUCCCACAGAUCGUGUCAGUGGCCGCUCGGAUGCUUAAGGUAGCUCAGCUGUUGGAUGUCCCUGUCUUGUUGACGGAGCAGUACCCACAAGGCCUGGGUCCCACAGUUCCUGAGCUGGGCACUCAGGGCAUACAGGCCAUGAGCAAAACGUGCUUCAGCAUGGUGCCCCCACUGCAGCAGGAGCUGGACAGACGGCCUCACCUGCAGUCGGUGCUGCUCUGUGGCAUUGAGACCCAAGCCUGCAUCUUGAACACGGCCCUGGACCUCCUGGACCGAGGGCUACAGGUCCAUGUCGCGGUGGAUGCCUGCUCUUCUCAAAGCGAGAUGAACCGGCUGGUGAGCCUGGAUCGGAUGCGACAGAGCGGUGUCUUCCUGUCCACCAGCGAAGCGCUGAUUCUGCAGCUGGUAAAGGACUCUACCCACCCACGGUUCAAGGAGAUUCAGAAGAUCAUUAAGGAGCCAGUCCCAGACAUCGGACUUCUAAGCUUCUUCCAAGGCAAGAACAACCCCCUGUUGCUAAACUCCAGGCCCUGACUUGAAGGAAGGACCCA